UCCAAGGCUCGCGGCCAGGGAAGAACGUGCAGCUGACGGAGAACGAGAUCCGAGGGCUGUGCCUCAAAUCCCGGGAGAUCUUCCUUAGUCAACCCAUCCUGCUGGAGCUGGAGGCACCCCUCAAGAUCUGUGGUGACAUCCACGGCCAGUACUACGACCUGCUGCGGCUCUUUGAGUACGGGGGGUUCCCCCCUGAGAGCAACUACCUGUUUUUGGGGGACUACGUGGACAGGGGCAAACAGUCCCUGGAGACCAUCUGCCUGCUGCUGGCCUAUAAGAUCAAGUACCCCGAGAACUUCUUCUUGCUGAGGGGCAACCACGAGUGUGCAAGCAUCAACCGCAUCUAUGGCUUCUAUGAUGAGU